UACCUAGGUACUACUAUUUUAUUCCUCAAGUCACUAGUAACUACCUAAGUAACUAGUAACCCAAUAACCCUUAGGUAGCAACCUGCUUAGGUACCUAAGGUAAUUAACCAAAAGCCUUGUAAAACUUACAAAGUAACAAUCCGAAUAACCCCGACAGCCCACUAAACGCGAAUAACACUUACACGUCUGACUUCCAAUUAUAACGUGUUCAACUUUAACAAGGAUAACUUUCAACUUCCACACGGGGAAACUCAAAAGAGCCUGUUAUUAAGUCUCAGAUAAAACAGGGAUUGGCACUAUUAUAUUAUACAUUAUAGACCGAGAUGUCCACACCUAGCACAACAGUAGCGGCUGGAAGCGCUGAGCCUUCGAUCCUCCAAGAGAAAAAUGAAGCCGGUAUACUUAAGACGCCCCUAUCGGCUCCCACAGCCGGCAGCACCGCGCCCGAGAAGCCAGCCCUUACUGCCGACCAGACAACAAAGUAUGAUUGGCUUCUCAGCCGAGUGAAGGAAUGGAAGGAGGUUCAGUCCAAAGAGAAGGGUGGCCCCCUGACAGACAGCGAGAAGAUGUGGCUUACAAGGGAGUGUCUGCUACGAUACCUAAGAGCCACCAAGUGGCACGAAAAGGAGGCAGAGAAGCGACUGCAAGAAACUCUGGCCUGGAGGAGAGAAUAUGGAGUCGAGGAAUUAACUGCAGAGCACAUCAGCCCUGAGAAUGCCACCGGAAAACAAGUCUUGCUGGGCUACGAUAAGCACUGCCGCCCCUGCCAUUACUUGAACCCGGGACGUCAAAACACAGAGGUCUCGCCUCGACAGGUCCAACAUCUCGUCUUUAUGCUUGAGCGCGUCAUCGACCUCAUGCCGGCCCAGCAGGAAACGCUGAGUCUUCUCAUUAACUUCAAGUCGGGCAAGAGCCGUACGAACACGGCUCCUGGUAUCGGCCAAGGCCGCGAAGUCCUACACAUCCUCCAGACGCACUACCCGGAGAGGCUCGGACGGGCUAUGAUUAUCAACAUUCCUUGGGUUGUCAAUGGCUUCUUCAAGCUCAUCACGCCAUUCAUUGACCCCUUGACGCGAGAGAAGCUGAAGUUCAACGAGGAUAUGACGCAAUACGUACCGAAGGAGCAGCUGUGGUCGGAAUUCCCAGGCGGUGAGCUACAGUUCGAGUACAACCACGACAUCUACUGGCCUGCAUUGCAGAGGCUUUGCGCUGAGAAGCGUGCUAAGCAGCUUCAGAGGUGGGAAGCCGGAGGCAAGCAGAUUGGAGAGAAGGAGGACUAUCUCAAAGGCCAUGACCCCCAGGGCGUAUCGCCACCACCUGGUUAUGCUACCGACAAAACUCAGGACAGUGCUACGGCUUAGAAAACUCAGGUUAUAGUAAUCCCGUAAGAGACAUAUUGAGGGUAUGAAAACCACGGUAUAGACAAGGCACAUUAUAUACGGAUAUGGAUAAAUCAGGUA